GCGAAUUGAGCAAUUAUCUAGUUUACAUGCUACUCUUGGAAGGUAACGAUUGGCAAGAUCUUUGCUGCGUUAUUGACACAACACGUUUUAUUGAGCAGGCCUGCUAGAAAUAAGUGGCGAUUGCCCUACAGUUAUUGCUGAGCCAAGCGAAUUGAGAUGCGUUGGCACCGGACCACAGAGCUGCCGAUGUAAGUCACCCACUUUCCAUAUCAGUAACACCAAGGAAGGGUGGCGUCUGUGCAAGUAAAGAGACACCACGGAACAAGCCAGAAAAUGGACAGCUGUCUCCACCUUACAUCAAGCGUCUUGGGAGCGCCGCCAUCCAGAGAGAAUCGGUGUUCCAGGGGCAACAUGAUCAGCACUUCUAAACCACUUGCAUUUUCCAUUGAACGAAUAAUGGCAAGAACGCCUGAACCAAAGACAGUUUCUGUUCCCAGUUUAUUCCAGGGAUCCAUGACGAAAAGCGACCAAAAACAUGCUCUUCACAUGAACUCACAAGUGUCAUGCAUGAUUCCAUUAUUGCCGCUUACCUAUGAGGCCGGCCACAAAAUGGGCAUUGCUGGACACGACCUGAAAAAGAACCACGUGGAGUCCUCAUAUAACUGUAGUGACUUAUUAAGCUGCGCCUUAAGUUACAAAGGAGACUUAUCUAACGAAACCCCUCCACUACAACAGUAUAAACUCAUCAGACCACGAGUGGUCAACCAGUCUUCUUUCCACGCCAUGGGAGCUUUAUGUUACCUUAACUGUGGAGACACUUCCUAUUCCUCUCCAACCAGUAUUCUGAACUUCCAUCCAGUUGCUUCCUACCUGCUCAGUUCCCCACUGAACCCACACCAGAAAGCAUACCUAAAUGAAAAAAACAAACUGCUUUUGCCUUCUGUGGACCGUUAUACUUCUGAGAUUGCUUUUAAAGAUGUUUCGCAGACACAUCUUCAGCAGUACAUGAAGGAAAGCGCACACAUCCUCUCUGAGAAAUUGGUUUUCAAAAGCACAUCAAAGCUUAGUAAUGGAUCCCCCAGCAACAAACCCAAAGUUUUCACCUGUGAAGUCUGUGGGAAGGUGUUUAACGCACAUUACAAUUUAACCCGACAUAUGCCAGUGCACACUGGGGCCAGGCCAUUUGUUUGCAAGGUUUGUGGCAAAGGGUUCCGUCAAGCAAGCACUCUGUGUCGCCACAAGAUAAUCCACACUCAGGAAAAACCUCACAAAUGUAAUCAGUGUGGAAAAGCGUUUAACAGAAGUUCCACCCUUAACACUCACACCAGAAUUCACGCUGGUUAUAAACCUUUUGUAUGCGAAUUUUGUGGUAAAGGAUUUCACCAAAAGGGAAAUUACAAGAAUCAUAAAUUAACUCACAGUGGGGAGAAGCAGUUCAAAUGCAACAUAUGCAACAAGGCUUUCCAUCAGAUCUACAACCUCACCUUUCAUAUGCACACCCACAAUGACAAGAAGCCAUUCACUUGUCCCACCUGUGGUAAAGGAUUUUGUAGGAACUUUGAUUUAAAAAAGCACGUCCGGAAGCUGCAUGACAACUGUCCAGUAACACAACUGGGAGUUCUGGCAUCGAGCAAGGAAGAGCAACAACACAGGCAUCGUUAAAAGACAACUCGUCCAUUUAUCACAUUGUUCAGCUCCUUAAGUAUUUGCAUGCAACCUUUCCCAAUGAUAUGUUCAUUGCUAUGUGGGGCUAAUUAUUACCUAGACAUUUUGGAAGGAAAGAACCUUUUUUUCAUCUCAGGUUUAGGGAUGUAAAAAACGAAAACUGGCGUAUUUAUUUUGGAUUUUUCCUCAUGGAAUGCUGCAAGAUUUGAAAUUGCUGUCUUGUAUAUAUUUCUUUUGUCGUAAUGCAAUUUGUCACAAAUUUCUCCACAUUGUUUACUCUUUUAUAUCCUAUAAAUAUGCUAUAAAUAUAUUAUUAUCUAUAUAAAGUAUAUUAACUGGUCGCAUCCAUAUUUGGAGAAGCACUAAUUAGUUGUCCGUUAUGAGGAGUGAAAGUUAUUUUACAACAAUAGGUUUGGUGCAAAAUAAAUGGUAAGGAAACAGGAUUCCAUUACUGACUUACAUAGCCCAAUGAAAUUCAUUCAGAAUAACAAUACGGUGCAAUUUCGAUGAAGAUUCCUAUACCUUAGUCGAAUGUGCUAACCACCUGCUCUUCUCCAAAAGCUUCAAAGGUUUUUUUUUUCUAGUGCGCCUAAAACCAAAAAGAAUAAAAUAAAACAAGUUUGUUAAUUUGCACAGGUGUUGCGAAUUUUAGGGCUUGCCUAUCUAAGAAUAUAUACAAGAAAACAUCCGCUAAGUCUAUUUUAACAGGAUGUCAGCUGUAUUGUUUCAGUCCCCGGCUUAGUAAUCGAAGACAUUUUUAUAUACAUGCGUUUGUCUUUGGAUGUGUUUCAUUUUUAUUAAAGUCCUUCUCAAUCUACAGCUAGACUCAGCUAUUGAAUCUCGUUGUGGGAGGCAUUGUUUGUACUAAAUUACCUAGAGGACUUACACUUCACUUUUAUCUGCAUUUUUUUAAUUUAAAAAUCAGAUUGUACAGUAACAUUUUUAGGGCAGUUAUAAAUAUGUAUAAUUCUUCUGUGAGUUACUUAUAUCUAAAUCAGUAACAUCGAAAGCUAUAGCUGAAAAAGGGGGUAUCAGCUUUUUU